AUGAGAUGUAUGAGAGAUUUAUGGUCAAGAUGCUUCAUAGAGGAUUUUGAAGAUAUAUAUCAUAUGGGUUAUGCAUUUAAAAUGCAUGAUCUUAUGCACGAUCUUGCAAUAUCAGUAGCAAAAAGUGAGUGUGGUGAGAUAAAAUCCAACAGCCAAAUAGUUGAUAGGAGUGUGCGUCAUUUUUCAUUUAUUGACUUACAUUCCCAAGAUCAAAAACCUCUAGAAGUCCUAGUUAACAGAUCAAAAACACUUCGAUCUGUUAUUGUUAUGGAACAAUGCGAGCAUAUUGGUGUAUCAAUUAUCAAUACAUGUCUACCCAAAUUCAAGCACCUCCAUCUGUUAUGCUUAAAAUGUAUAGAUUUUGAAGUCUUGCCAAGCUCUAUUGGUACAUUGAUACAUUUAAGAUAUCUUGAUUUGAGAUUUAAUAUAUUGUUGAAGAAACUCCCUGAAUCUAUUUGUCAGCUUCAGAAAUUGGAAACGUUUUUAUUAGGAGGUUGUUCAAAGCUUGAGAAGUUGCCUCAAAAAAUACAAAAAAUAAUCUCCCUUAGACACGUGGAAAUAACCACAAAUGAGCGAAAUCUACGAGAAAAUGGAAUACAGUGUUUGUGUUCUCUGCGAUAUUUGUUUUUCUAUAUCUGCGAGAAUCUGGUAACAUUGCCUGAAGGAAUGAAAGGACUCACAAGCCUCCGAACAUUGUAUAUUGGAGAUUGUCCUCUGACCUCGUUGCCAUAUGGUAUCAAGGACCUAAAGAGAUUACAGAAGCUAUAUAUUGUGAGCUGCAGACAACUUAAUUUGAAGAUGGAAUUUCGAGGAGAAGAUGAAGAUGAACGUCGGUUGGGAGUUCGAACAUUUGUGAUCGCACACUUGCCGUCAUUAGUGGAUUUGCCUCAGCUUAUUCUUCAAGGAUCGGUAAACACUUUACAAUGCUUGAGGAUUGAAAGCUGUCCCAAAUUAGUAAAACUACCGGAGUGGCUGCAAAAUCUCACAUCACUUCAAACUAUUGAGAUUAUUAAUUGUCCGAGUCUGUCAUGUCUUCCAGAAGGGAUGCAACGCCUUACUGCCCUCAGACAACUAAUGAUUGAAGGUUGUCCUGCUCUGAGUGAAAGCUGCAGACGUGAUGACUCAAGAUGAAACGAGUGAUGAUGUGAUUGCAUAU